AUGCAUAACUCAAGGGAGGACUGGAAUGAGUCGCUCGCCUCUAGUAGAGAAAGUUCCAAAGCUGUUGCAGUUGAUGAACAAGUCAUAACUCCAGCCUACAAUUCGCAGAAGAUCGAACCAAACAUAGUCAUUGAAAAUGAUGCAGCAUCACAAGAGAAGAUAUAUCCAAGCGGAUGGAAAUUCCUUCUUUUCAUAUUGGGCAUCAUGGCUCCCGUUUUGGUAGUUGCUCUCGAUAACUAUAUCAUAUCAACGGCUAUCCCUCGAUUAGCAACAGACUUCAAGUCAAUCAAUUUGACUGGAUGCCGCUCCGAAUUCAAUUGCCUUCAUUUUGGGCGCCUGAUUUGUGGUGCAGCUGCAGGAGGAAUCUGGUGCGGAACACUUACAAUCGUUACCAAUGUUGUUCCUCCUGCAAAGCGUUAUCUAUACGUGUCAGUAGUUACUAGUAUGUAUGGUGUUUCCUCCGCAGCUGGACCGCUUCUUGGAGGCUUGUUCACAGAUUCGAAGCUCACUUGGCGAUUCUGCUUUUGGUUGAACCUGCCUAUCGGUUUUGUUGCCUUCUUUUUGAUAGUAUUUUUCCUUGAGCCGCCAGAACUAUCGGAGCUGGGGAAAAGCCUGACUAUAAAGCAAAAGAUUCUGAGAAUCGACUUCUUGGGCACACUCCUUCUGAUUACAGCAUUAACCUGCUUUUUUCUCGCAGCUCAAUGGGGUGGUACCACAUACUCAUGGUCUAAUUCCAAGGUCUGGGGUUGUAUACUUGGAUUUUUCCUUCAAAUAGCAGCCUUCAGUUAUCUCCAGCGCAACAAUCCCGAUUCAAGCAUUACGAAACUUCACAGCCUUACUGUGCCUCCUUUAUCAACUUUUCAUUUCUAUGGUCAUAGCAGUACAGAUUCACUAUUUGCCAUUCUACUUUCAGUCCGUACUUGGGCAUUCCGCGGCUUCAUCCGGAGUCUCACUCUACCUUAUGUAAUGACGCUACUUUUUUCGCCAAUGGCUAGUGGUGCUUAUAUUACCGCCUAUGGUCAUUACAUCCCAAUUAUGUAUAUUGGGGCUUGCCUAGCUGUCGUGGGUUCUGGACUGUUAUCUACACUCACUAUCGCAAGCAGCCAGGCACAGUAUGUGGGCUAUCAAGUCAUAGUCGCUUUGGGAACCGGAACAGUUCAGCAGAUUGCCUUUACAGCUGUGCCUUUAGCACUUCCACCAGCGGACGUAGCUACUGCGAGUGCGCUGGUAUCUUUCUGUAAUAGUCUUGGGCCGGUAGUAGCCCUUACUGUUGGAAAUAUCCUCUUCACUAACCUCUUUGGAAGCAAAUUGGCAGAAAUUCCAGGAUUAAAUGGGAAGAUUACUGCAUCAGAAAUCAAGGGACUGGUAGACCUUGGAACACUUGUACCAGCCCAGUACGUGGAAAGUGUCAAACAAGCAUUGUCGUUCGCGUUGAGCCGGACGCUUGUGUUUGCAAUACCAGCUGCAGGAUUAGCCGCAUGCUGUGGGUUCGUGAUCCAGCUUCUUUCUUGGAAAAAGAAAAGAAUAAGCAGUCCAGCGUCGGGAGAAAUGACAGGAGAAAGGCUUCAGCAGAGUGAUGAGAAGGUCUAA